AAUUAGUGUAGAUAUGAGGAAAAUGUGUGAAUAAUGCUGUGAGCUGAGCAGAGAGGCUACUGUAUUAUAAAUGACAUUACAUCGUUUGAAUAAAAGAGCCACAGACUAAACAAAACUUGUCACAACAGACACUACUUUCGAUACAUCCAUACCACACAAGGGACCAAAAUUACACCGAAAAUAACAACAACGACAAAAGGCCAUAGGAUGCGAGGCCAGCGAAGGGAGUGCGCCCGAGGUGGCAACGCUGCGGGCUCGAAGAUGUAAACAUGUCCGCGAGGAAGGCAGACGACGCGGGGGGCGAGGAGGACCAAAAGGAGUGUUCCCAGACGUGCAGGGUGGUGAUCGUGGGCGCAGGCAUGGCAGGGCUGUCGGCGGCGAAUCACCUGAUGAAAAAUAACAUCCAUGACUUCGUGAUACUCGAGGCGAGGAACAGAGUCGGGGGUCGGAUCAUCGCCAUCACGAUCGAUGGACGGAAAAUGGAACUUGGUGCUAACUGGAUCCAUGGCAUCCUGGGGAAUCCUAUAUAUGAAUUGGCUUCUGCAAAUGGAUUGGUGAAUAUCAUACAGGAUAAUAAACCUCACAAUGUUGUGGCAACACUUCCUGAUGGUCGAAGAGUUCCGUUUCACAUAGUACAGGAAAUCUAUGAUGCCUACUUUUGGUUCUUCAAGCGCUGUGAGGAAUAUUUUUUGUGUAAAUAUAUUCCUCCAGAUGGCAUUGAGAGCGUUGGUGCCCACAUAAGGUUAGAGAUAUCCAUAUACCUUGAGCAGUUUCCUGAGCAUGAGAGACACAUUAGAAACCUUAUCUUCAACUACCUCCUCAACCGCGAAACAUGCAUUAGUGGUUGUAACACCAUGGAAGAAAUAGACCUCAUGGAAAUUGGCAGUUACACUGAACUUCCAGGAGGGAAUGUUGUACUGCCAGGUGGCUACAGUAGCAUCCUUGGGCCGCUAACAAAAGAUAUUGAAGAGGAGAAAUUACUCAAAGGUCAUCCCGUUGUAUCAGUGAGAUGGAAACCCCCACUAAAUGGCUUCAGUACAACCGACUCAGGACUUGGGCAAGACCUUACAAACAAGACUGAAGAAAAUUCAGACUAUCUAGUAUCAGAGAGUGGAACAAGUGGUAGGCAACCAACUGCAUCUCCAGCAAGGAAGGCUAGGGCAAAGGUGGAGGUGGUUUGCCAAAAUGGGAAAAAGUUUUAUGCAGAUCAUGUAAUUUGCACAAUUCCAUUAGGUGUAUUGAAGGAAAGUGGAAAGACUGUGUUUGAUCCACCACUCCCGGAAUAUAAAAUGGAUUCUAUAAACAGGUUGUGUUUUGGUGUUGUGGACAAAAUCUACUUAGAAUAUGAGAGACCCUUUCUGAACCCUGGACUUACAGAAGUGCUGUGUCUGUGGGAUCCCAUUGAUCCAAAUGAACCCAUCCAUGAAAGGUGGUUCAAGAAGAUUUAUUCCUUCUCAAAGGUCACCGAGACAUUGCUCCUGGCGUGGAUUUCGGGAGACGAAGCUAAAUAUAUGGAAACGCUUCCAUUUGAUGUGGUUUCAGAAAAAUGCACUGCCAUCCUCCGACAAUUUCUCAAUGAUCCUUUCAUACCAAAGCCAAAGAGGUGUAUCAACACUACUUGGUGGUCGCAGCCUUAUACUCGUGGUUCAUAUACAGCAGUAGGUGUAGGGGCCUCUCAAGUUGACAUCACAAAUAUUGCACAUCCAUUAUAUAUGCAACCAACAUGCAGCAAGCCUGCAGUGCUAUUUGCCGGAGAGCACUGUCACCCAAGCUUCUAUUCAACAGUUCACGGAGCUUAUUUAUCUGGACGAGAAGCUGCACAGACAUUAUGUGUACCAGACACUCCACCUGAGGUUGUUCUAGAUGUUGAAGGAACUGCAGAUCUCUCUUCAUGGCUAGAAGGAAUUUCCCUAAAUUAGUUUUGUUUUUCCCUCAAGACAGGCAUUACACUACAUUUUUUUUUCUUCUUCUUCUUCUUCCUCCUGUUCUUUAUUUUUAUGUAAAUAUAAAUUUGUGUUCUCACUUCUCCUAUCUUCCUUUUUUUCUCUAUCUUUCUGUGUCUCUCUCAUUUCCUAUUGCUUCCCCCUUACCUCUUUUUGAUACCUUUUCCAUUGCCAACUAUUUUACAAAUUAAAGUCUGAACAACGUAUACUUUUAAGUGCAAACUGGUGCUUAUGUCUUAAAAACUUAGGUUGAACAAAUAUGAAAAUUGUGGCUUCAAGAAAAGCUUAAAAUGCCAUUAUAUAUCACACUGUAAGUAUUGUUUCUGGUCAAACGUUAAUUAUCUAAUAAUAAUGUUGAUGAAGUUGUAAUGAUAUUAACUCCAGUUACAUGUGCAAUGUUCUAUAUUAGUAUUAUAUGUAUGAUUUUUUUAUAUGGAGUACUCUAUAAUACUUCCAGAUACUGCAGUAAUUUUAUUAUAAUUAUAUUAAAGAGGAAUUUUUAAUUGAAAGUCUUGAUUUUGAUUACUGGCAUUCUUGUAAUUAUUAUUAUAAUUAUUAUUAGCUGUAUCAUUAUGAUAGCUGAUCUGUGUUUAUCAGCAGUGUUAAUAUAGUUAUUUUUGUUUUUAUUUUCAUCAUCAUUAUUUUCAUUUUUUUGUUUUUCUUUAUUAUGAUUUUUUUAGGAGUAGUAUUUCUAUAUUUUAUCAUCAUGCAGUUAUUGGAUACAGAGAAUACCUCUGUAAACUCCCUAAAUGUCUCCCAACAUGGCAGGGAGUGUUGUUAUGUUAUUUUCCCAUUGGUGUCAAGGUGUUAAAUGUUAUAUUGCAAUUCUUUUUCUUUUGUGUGCUUUUUUCCAUUUUUGCUUAGCAUUGCUGUCAUUAGUAUCAUUACCAACAUUGUUUAUUAUGACUGCUAUCAUCAGUAAUUGCUUGUGUUUUUUAUUCAUCAUUAUUAUUAUUAUUAUUAUUAUUGCUAUUGCUAUUGCUAUUGCUAUUCACCACCACCCUAACAACAACUACUACUACUACUAGCAUUCUACCACUAAUACUUCCAGUACCUCUGCCACCUAUGUACAACUACUACUAUCACAAUUACUACCACCACCACAAUACUUUUACUGUUAUUAUUACUACUACUAUACCACCAUCAUAAUUACUACUACUUAUGCUAGUAAUAUUACUAUUACUACAACCCUUACUAUUACCAUCACUAUCACCACCGUCACCAUCAUAAUUACUACUACUUAUACUAGUAUUACUGCUAUUACUACUACCACUACCACUACCACUACCAUCACCACUACUACUACUGCUACUACUACUACUACUACUACUACUACUACUACUACUACUACUACUACUACUACUAUUACUACUACUACUACUAUUACUAUUACUAUUACUAUUACUAU